AUGGAGCCGGGGACGGAUGGCCGCCAGCGUGGAUCAGCCGGCUCCGGGGACCAGGCAGUGGGAGAGCUCUUCACCUUCGGCUGCGGCACACUUGGUGAGCUCGGACAUGAUCGGGCCGAGGAUCUUCCUUGCCGACCAGAGGCGUUCCCUGUUAGCUUCCUUGAGGCUUGCGGGGAGGAGGUGGAGGUGUCCUCUGUCGCACUUGGGAACGACCACUCCCUGGCACUCGUGAAAGGCAAGGUCUACCGGUGGGAGCCUUGGGUGGCGAGUGUGGAGGAGGACAGGUGA